AUGUCUGCUCCUCCCCUCCGCAUCGUCAUGGCCUGCGACGAGGCCGGCGUCCCAUACAAGGACGCCAUCAAGGCCGUCCUCGAGAAGAGCCCCCUCGUCGCCUCCAUUUCUGACGUCGGCGUCAACUCCACCUCCGACAAGACCGCCUACCCUCACCCCGCCGUCGAGGGCGCCCAGCAGAUCAAGGCCGGCAAGGCUGACCGUGGCCUCUUCAUCUGCGGCACCGGUCUCGGCGUCGCCAUCGCUGCCAACAAGGUUCCCGGCAUCCGGGCCGUUACUGCCCACGACCCUUUCUCCGUCGAGCGCUCCAUCCUGAGCAACGACGCCCAGGUCCUCUGCAUGGGCCAGCGCGUCAUUGGCGUCGAGCUUGCUAAGAAGCUCGCCCUCGACUGGCUCAACUACCGCUUCGACCCUUCCAGCGCUUCCGCCGCUAAGGUCCAGGCUAUCUCCGACUACGAGACCAAGUUCUCUGGCUCUGCUUAG